CUCCGACUUGGAGCACAGUUGUGUGUGCAUUUCUGUAUGCCUUUUGUUGCUGCUGUAAACAGGAAGAAACAAACUAAGGCAAGCGCGUGUUUAAGUGAAGCAGAGGGAGGAACAAAGGAAAAUUGCAAGAACAUUAUCUCAUUCUGCUGCCAAGCAGGGCACAUGGAGAUCCUGGGGUGUCCAGGAGGAAGAUGACAAGACAGAAGCCCAGGUGGAGCUCUGAGGGGUAUCUAUCCUCAGUUGCUUGGCUGGCCCUGCCGUAGUACACCUAGCGUUUGAUCAUCUGGGAAGAUUGGUGACCUUUGGCUUUUGAAGCUGCACUGCAGGAGCAGCAGGCUCAUCCAGGGAGGAAAGCAAGCAGUCAUCCUCAGAGGGGAGACAGUCUCCAGGAGCAGAUGGGCUCACAGCGCUACCUUGGAGAUUGGUGAUUUUCUAAAUCCAAAGGAGAAGUCCAGGAAGGGACCGUGAAUUCUCUUUUGAGUUUCAACUAACAGAAUAAAAGGUAAGCUGCAACUUCAAAAAACUCAAAAGAGCUUUUUCAGUAUACCAAUCUUAGGGCAACUGAAGAAAAUAAUCUGUAAAGCAGAUGAAUGCUUCGAAUGGAUUUUGUCAGGGUUUGCCUAAAAGAUUUUAACAAAGAGUUCAAGUAGAUAAAGACAUGGAAAGCUGGGAUGAAAUGAUUUUGAAGCCCAUCUGCAUCUGAAGCCAUGAUUUAAAUACCAUCAUUAAGAUUUCAACAAGAAAAACUUAAACUUCGUGGGAUUCCCACAUCAAAGAAAAGUUGCAAGUUUUCAGAAAGAGUUCUCAUUUGACAAUAAAGAAAAACUCACUUCCCGCAAAAGUAGAUUCGAUGCUGAAAUUUUAACUACACUUCCUAAAGUUGCAGAAUUAAGAAAACUCUUUGAACCAAAGAAAGAACUUACAGAAAUGAAAAGAAAAGAGAGAAUUGCAAGGCGCCUGGAAGGGAUUGAAAAUGAAACCCAGCCCAUCCUCUUGCAGAGCUGCACAGGAUUAGUGACUCAUCGCCUGCUGGAGGAAGACACGCCCAGAUACAUGAGAGCCACAGACCCUGCCAGCCCCCACACUGGUCGAUCAAACGAAGAGGAAGAAACAUCUAAAUCUUCUUUAGAAAAGCAAAUUCAAUCCAAAUAUUGCACAGAAACCCCAGGGGUCCAUGGUGAUCCACCAUAUGGUUCAAGUACCAUGGACACCCACGGUCUCGAGUCCAAAGCUGAAAGAAUUGCAAGGUACAAAGCAGAAAGGAGACGUCAGCUGGCAGAAAAAUAUGGGCUGACUCUGGAUCCUGAUGCAGACUCUGAAUAUUCAUCUCGGUAUACCAAGUCUAGGAAGGACCCUGAUGCUGUUGAGAAACGGGGAGGAAAAUGUGAGAAGCAAGAAAAGCCAAGCAAAGAUUUGAGUUCUCCAUACUCCAGGACUGAGACCAUGGGGCUCAGGACCUGUGCAGUGGAAUCCAGGGACUAUGCCCUCCACAGAAGUGAGGUUUCUGAUAAGGAGGUGCUGCUAAAUAUAGAAAACCAAAGAGGAUGUCAAGAGCUGAGUGCCACCCGGCAGUCUCAAGACCUGUCCCCAACAGUUGAGAGUUCCUCAUCCUUCUCGUUCUCUGGGCGAGACUCCUCCUUCGCUGGGCGAGACUCCUCCUUCACUGAAGUGCCAAGGUCCCCAAAGCAAAUGUCCUGCUCCUCUCUUCAGCAACCUGCCUCCCUGAGCCACUCCAGUGGUGACCAGACACUGACCCCAGAGGCUCGGUCCAGCACAGGGAAGCUCAAACAUGAGUGGUUUCUCCAGAAAGAUUCUGAAGGGGACACACCUUCACUUAUCAACUGGCCUUCCAGAGUUAAAGUUAGAGAAAAGUUGGUGAAAGAGGAGAGUGCUCGCAGCAGCCCUGAGCUUGCCUCAGAGUCCUUAGCUCAGAGGAGACAUCAGCCGCUGUCAGUCCAUUACCUAUCCUUUCAGUCAGAAAACUCAGCCUUCGAUAGGGUCGCAAGCAAAGCAGUGAGCUCUGUGAGACAGCCGAGCCGUGGCUACGUCCAGCCAGUGGACCCCGUGCACACAGUCAAGCUGGUGACCGCAGAAACCCCAGAAAAUACAUCUGAGUGCAGCUGGGCAGGAUCAGCCACCCCAAAUGUCAUAAAGCCUUCCACCUCGAAGGUUCUAGAAGAUGAGAAAAGAGAUGCCCCAGUCCUUCAUAUUUCUGAAUCUAAAGAAGAAGAUGAUACGCUCUUCACUGAAGCUCUGGAGAAGAACCAGAAAACACUCUUGACCUUGGAGGAGGAUGGGCUUGCAAGCAGUCACAAAGCCUCCUCUGGGAACGAAGACUUGGGGCAGCAGCCUGCUGUUAGCACAGUCUCCUUAGAACCUCAGAAGGAACCUCAAGUUCAGCUCCAGCCUGCUGAGAGAAUGGGCCGAAGUGAAAUGGUUUUGUAUGUUCAGAGUGAGCCUGUGUCCCAGGAGGCCACACUAACCAGUCGCAAAAAGGGAGCACCUCCGAAGAAGCACAAGGUCCUUACCCGCUCGCUGUCUGAUUACACGGGUCCCCCUCAGCUCCAGGCCUUGAGGUGUAAGGACCCAGCUCCAAAGCGAGAGCUGGAGCCACAGAGUUCCAAGACCGAAGGGCCCAGUGCAGAAGCCAGCAUCCUGGACACCAAGGUCUCCGUUGCCCAGCUCCGAAAUAUGUUUCUGGAGUCUGUCAGAGCCAACAAGAAACCUGAACUCCAAUCACGGGUUGAGAAGUCAUCCGAAGGACUUGGCUUGCCUACCCGUAUGGAACGGGAGAGAGGGUCCCGGAAACCAAGACGCUAUUUUUCUCCUGGUGAAAGUAGAAAAACUUCUGAGCGAUUUAGAACUCAACCUAUAACCUCAGCAGAACGAAAGGAAUCGGAUAGGUAUACUUCAAGUUCAGAAAUGCCAACUGUUGAAGAUGAAGAAAAGGUAGAUGAACGAGCCAAACUGAGUGUUGCUGCCAAGAGGCUGCUUUUCAGGGAAAUGGAGAAAUCAUUUGAGGAACAAAAUGUCCCAAAAAGAUGCUCGAGAAACCCAGCCGUGGAGCAAAGGCUGCGCCGCCUGCAGGACAGGUCUCACACCCAGCCCAUAACCACUGAGGAAGUCGUCAUUGCCACCACUGAAUCUAUCGCUGCUUCGUGUUCUGGGGUCACCCAACCUGUAAUGACGAGACUUCCUAGUCCUACUGUAGCUAGGAGCUCUGUGCAGCCCGCCAGAUUACAGGCAUCUGUUCACCAAAAGGCUUUAACCAGGGACGAGGCAAAUGAGGGCAAAGAUUCUGCUGAACCAGGAGAACCUGAUUCCUCCACUCUGAGCUUAGCAGAGAAGUUGGCCUUGUUUAACAAAUUGUCCCAGCCGGUCUCAAGAACUAUUUCUACCCAAAACAGAAUAGACAUGAGACAGAGGAGAAUGAAUGCCCGCUAUCAAACCCAACCCGUCACACUUGAAGAGGUGGAACAGGUGCAAAAUGGGAAACUCAUUCCCUUCUCACCUACUGUGAACACAUCUGUGUCCACCAUGGCCUCUACUGCCACCCCGAUGUAUGCAGGGGAUCUUCGGACAAAGCCAUCUGUUGAUGACAGUACAGAUACCACUGACUAUAAGUUUCCUUCUUCGAUAGAAAAUGCAGACUUUCCAAUAAAAGGCAUUCUGAAAUCACAAGCCUGGCAGCCUUUGGCGGAGGGUAGUGGGAGCAAAGGAGUGAUGAGAGAAUUUGGAGAGACAGAAAGCAAGAGAGCUUUGGCUGGAGACAGUGGUAUUAAGAAGUACGGGUCCUAUGAGGAAGCAGAACUCUCCUACCCUGUCGUUGGCAGAGUCAGGGAAGGGGAUAGCCAUAAGGACUCUAAAUACCCUGUUCCAAGGAAAGGAAGCCUGGAACUAGCCAACCCCUACAUCGCUCAUCUUGAUGAAGAACCAAAGGAAUUUUCUACUGCCAAAAGCAGUGCACAAAGAAAUCUGGACUUGAAAGACAGGCAGCCCUUUGAGGAAAAGGUGGACAUGGAGAAUGUCACAAAAAGGAAGUUUUCACUCAGAGCCUCAGAGUUCGGGGAGCCUGCUUCUGAGCAGACAGGGAUAGCUGCUGGGAAAACUGUUGCUCAAAUGGCAACCCCAGGGUCCUGGAAGCAGGAAGAUUCUUCAGAACAACUACAAGAGAAGUACUAUAAGAAUCCAUGCACCAUGUUUGCUGUAGGAGAGAUCAAAGCGCCCAUGGAGGAAGGCAUCCUUGAUUCGCCUAGCAAAACCAUGUCAAUUAAAGAAAGAUUGGCACUGUUGAAGAAGAGUGGUGAGGAAGACUGGAAGAGCAGAAUUAACAGAAAGCAGGAUUAUGGCAAAGCAUCUGCCAAUGACAGCCUGCACAUCCAGGAAGUGGAACAGUCGAUGAAGAAGAAGGAAGAAGGAGGAUUUACAGAUGAUAAUGACAUUUCUAAUCUGCUUUGGGAACCUGUAUAUGCUUCUACUUAUUCUCCUGCUAUACCUGCUGCCCGUAAAUACCUGUCUUUUGUAUCUAUUAAUCAGUGGGUCACAGAAAGUCCAGAAAGCCAGAUGACGAUCGAGGAGAGGAAGCACCUCAUCUCUGUGCGGGAGGAGGCUUGGAAGACCAAGGGCAGGGGGGCCUCCAACGACUCCACCCAGUUCACUGUGGCCGGCAAAAUGGUGAAGAAAGGUUUAGCAUCACCUACGGCCAUAACUCCAGUAGCGUCCCCUAUUUGCAAUAAAUCAAGGGGUACUACACCAGUUACCAAACCCCAAGAAGAUAUUGAAGCCAGACCAGAUAUGCAGUUGGAAUCGGACUUGAAGUUGGACAAGCUGGAAACCUUUCUAAGGCGGCUGAAUAACAAAGUUGGUGGGAUGCAGGAAACAAUUCUCACCGUCACCCGUAAAUCUGUUAAGGAGGUGAUGAAGUUGGAUGAUGAUGAAACCUUUGCCAAAUUUUACCGCAGCGUGGAUUGUAAUACACCAAAAAGUCCUGUGGAGCUGCAGGAGGACUUUGAUGUUAUUUUUGAUCCUUUUGCACCCAAGUUGACGUCCUCCGUGGCUGAGCACAAGCGUGCUGUGAGACCCAAACGCCGAGUCCAGGCUUCCAAGAACCCCCUGAAAAUGCUGGCAGCGAGAGAGGAUCUCCUGCAGGAGUACACUGAGCAGAGGCUGAACGUCGCCUUCAUGGAGUCAAAGCGGAUGAAAGUAGAAAAGAUGUCCUCCAACUCCAACUUCACCGAGGCUACUCUGGCCGGCUUAGCCAGUAAGGAGAACUUCAGCAGCGUCAUCCUGCGGAACGUCAACCUGACGGAGCAGAAUUCUAACAACAGCGCGGUGCCCUAUAAGAAGCUGAUGUUGUUACAGAUCAAAGGAAGAAGACACGUUCAGACAAGGCUGGUAGAACCUCGCGCCUCGUCACUCAACAGUGGGGACUGCUUCCUUCUGCUCUCUCCCCAGUUCUGCUUCCUAUGGGUGGGAGAGUUUGCCAACGUCAUCGAGAAGGCAAAGGCUUCAGAACUCGCAACUUUAAUUCAGACAAAGAGGGAACUUGGUUGUAGAGCUACAUACAUCCAAACCUUAGAAGAAGGAAUUAAUACACACACUCACGCAGCCAAAGACUUCUGGAAGCUCCUAGGUGGCCAAACCAGUUACCAGUGUGCCGGAGACCCUAAAGAAGAUGAGCUGUAUGAGACAGCCAUUAUAGAAACAAACUGUAUUUACCGUUUGAUGGAUGACAAACUUGUUCCUGAUGAUAACUACUGGGGGAAGAUCCCAAAGUGCUCCCUUCUUCAACAAAAAGAGGUCCUGGUGUUUGACUUUGGUAGUGAAGUUUACGUGUGGCAUGGGAAAGAAGUCACCUUAGCACAGCGCAAAAUAGCAUUUCAGCUGGCAAAGCACUUGUGGAAUGGAACCUUCGACUAUGAGAAUUGUGACAUCAAUCCACUGGAUCCUGGAGAAUGCAAUCCACUUAUUCCCAGGAAAGGACAGGGGCGGCCUGAUUGGGCAAUAUUUGGGAGACUUACUGAACACAAUGAAACUAUUUUGUUCAAAGAGAAAUUUCUCGAUUGGACUGAACUGAAGAGACCUACUGAGAAGUGCGCUGGGGAUCUUGUCCAGCAGAAGGAAGACCCUAGGACUGACAUCAGGCCAUAUGAUGUCACGCGGAUGGUGGCAGUGCCCCAGAUGACAGCCGGCACCAUCCUGGACGGGGUGAACAUUGGCCGUGGCUACGGCCUGGUGGAAGGGGACGACAGAAGGCACUUUGAGAUUGCCAGCAUCUCCGUGGAUGUCUGGCAUAUCCUAGAAUUCGACUACAGCAGGCUCCCCCGGCAGAGCAUCGGGCAGUUCCAUGAAGGUGACGCCUAUGUGGUCAAGUGGAAGUACAUGGUGAGCACCACAGUGGGAAGUCGACAAAAGGGAGAGCACUCGGCAAGAGUGACUGGCAAAGAGAAAUGUGUGUAUUUCUUCUGGCAAGGCCGGCAUUCAACUGUGAGUGAGAAGGGAACCUCAGCUCUGAUGACUGUGGAGCUGGACGAGGAAAGGGGGGCCCAGGUCCAGGUUCUGCAGGGAAAGGAGCCCCCCUGUUUUCUACAGUGUUUCCAGGGGGGGAUGGUGGUGCACUCAGGGAGACGGGAAGAGGAAGAAGAAAAUGCACAAAGUGAGUGGAGACUGUACUGUGUGCGUGGAGAAGUUCCCAUGGAAGGGAAUUUGCUGGAAGUGGCCUGUCACUGUAGCAGCCUGAGGUCCAGGACUUCCAUGGUUGUUCUCAACGUAAAUAAGGCCCUCAUUUACCUGUGGCACGGGUGCAAAGCGCAAGCCCACACGAAGGAGGUUGGAAGGACUGCAGCAAAUAAAAUCAAAGAACAAUGUCCCCUGGAGGCAGGAUUGCACAGUAGCAGCAAUGUGACAAUACAUGAGUGUGACGAAGGAUCUGAGCCACUGGGAUUCUGGGACGCUUUAGGAAGAAGAGAUCGGAAAGCCUACGAUUGCAUGCUUCAAGAUCCUGGCAGCUUUAACUUCGCUCCCCGCCUGUUCAUCCUCAGCAGCUCCUCUGGAGAUUUCUCAGCCACGGAGUUUGUGUACCCCGCCAGUGCCCCCACUCUGAUCAGCUCCAUGCCCUUCCUGCAGGAAGAUCUGUACAGUGCCCCGCAACCAGCACUUUUCCUUGUUGACAAUCACCAUGAGGUGUACCUCUGGCAAGGCUGGUGGCCCAUCGAGAACAAGAUCACCGGGUCUGCCCGCAUCCGCUGGGCCUCUGACCGGAAGAGCGCCAUGGAGACCGUCCUCCAGUACUCCAGAGGAAAGAAUCUCAAGAAACCGCCCCCCAAGUCUUACCUUAUCCACGCUGGUCUGGAACCCCUGACGUUCACCAACAUGUUUCCCAGCUGGGAGCACAGGGAGGACAUUGCUGAGAUCACAGAAAUGGACAUGGAAGUUUCGAAUCAGAUCAUCCUUGUGGAAGAGGUCUUGGCCAAGCUCUGCAAAACCAUUUAUCCACUGGCUGAUCUCCUCGCCAGGCCACUCCCGGAAGGAGUGGAUCCUCUAAAGCUUGAGAUUUAUCUCACGGAUGAAGACUUUGAGUUUGCACUGGACAUGACAAGAGACGAAUACAAUGCGCUGCCCACGUGGAAGCAGGUGAACCUCAAGAAAGCAAAAGGCCUGUUCUGAGUGGGAGAGGAACUGUGGUGGUCACUUUCAAUACCACUGGACCAGAAAAAAUGAAUAUUUUUUUGGACUGGUAUUUUUUUUUUUUUAAAGAAUGGUAUUUUUAAAACAAGAGUUUUUCAGAACCUGACCUUAUUAACUAUUCUGCGCAUCCCAGAGUUGUGCAUUUUGUAAAUGUUUAAGAGAACUCUUUGGAAACUACCUUUCCACAGUUCAGGGGUGAUGUCAAUAAAAGCAUCAGUCAUAAGCAGCGAGCGACUCCCCAGCAGCGGCUACAGCACUGCCCUCUUGGUCCAGCAAAAGCAUUGCCUUUUUUUGGUUCGUUUGUGUUUUUUUUUUUUUUUUUUUUUUUUGAAGCAGUUCUCUUUAUAAAGUGUUAUUUUGAUAGUUUGUGGAUUCUAAAAUAUAUAUAUAUUUAUAUAAACACCGUAUAAAUCAAUAUGUAUUUAACAAAGCAAUAUGUAUUCAUUCACUUUUCUGUUGUUGUUGUUUUUUGGUGUCAAAAUAUUAUUAAAAGGUAGAUGGAGUUGCUUCUGUUGAAUUAGGUCUGCCACCCAUCUGUAUGCUCACGUGCGAUCAGAAGCCUUCCUUCGGCGUUAGUCUGACUUGUUCUGAGUACUGCUUCCGGUGCUAAAACGAACAAAGCAUUUGUACUUAAGAGCAUGGACUUUGGCGAGUCUGUGUGAAACCAACCUUUCUACCUUAAUAUAUCCCCCAAAAUGUAUAGUGCCUUGUUUUUAUGUACAGUUUAUAUACAGAAAUGUUUGCUCUGCAUUUUUUUUUUUUUUUGAUGAUGGUUUGGAACAUUAUUUACAGUUUUACUCUCAAAUAGUAGAAAUAAAAACAUCUCAGUUUCUAAUAACUAUUGUAAACAUUACACAUGUCAUUUUGUGACAGGACUCCCAAAUAAAGACUUCAGGAUAAUCACAACAAUUAACUGAUUGAUUCACAUUAAA